AUGGUUUCAGACACUUUGAAAGAUGACGAAACAAUGACAGGAUAUGUGACCGUAUUGAGCAUGUAUUGUUGUGCUGCAAUGAUUGAAGCAUUAGCAGAACCAAUGUACGUAUUAGCGCAUGCUAGUGUGCUAGUGAGUUGGCAAGUGGCGGCUCAAAGUGCUGCGUUUCUGGUCCGAGCAGUGGUUCAGUACAUGGGUGUCGUAAUGUUGGAGUUAAACUUGAUAGCGUACGGGAUUGCCGAGUUGUCGUACGCGGUGACGUUGCUCGUGAUGUUUAUGGUUUUAUACUGGCGACGAAUUUAUGUACUUUCAAGUGAAAAAGACAAGUUUGCGUUGACGACGAUGACUCAGCUACUACCUGGGAAGCCGGACGGAAAUAUAGAUUGGUAUCAUGCAGAGUUAAUGGCAUUGAUGGUACCACUGACUGUACAAAGUGGAGUCAAGUAUUUGCUGGCAGAAGGAGAUAAGUGGGUGCUGACUGGAUUUGCAUCGCUGCAGGCAAUGGGGGUCGCAGAAACAGAAGAGCGAUCAAAAAAUGACAAGGAGAUUAACAAUAAAAGCCGAGCCGAUGGACAGACACUGCUACUGGUGCUGCUUAAGCUUAUGAAUUUGGUGGGACUGUUGUUCGUAUGCUUUGGAACCAGCUACGCAUACACAUUAGCAAUACUGUUAUACGGAGCUGAGAAGGCUCGUCAGGGUGUGGGUGCUGCAUUAGCUGUGUACUGCGCUUACAUUCCAUUCUUGGGGGUGAAUGGGAUUUGUGAAGCUGUGGUGCAUGCUAUUGGAAACGAUUACGAGCUUAUGCAACUGAACAAGUUGCUCGGUGUAUUUUUUGCCAUAUACGCGCUUAGUGCGCUUGUAUUCAUGCAGGUACUCGACUGGGGCACUUUUGGUCUCAUCCUGGCGAAUUGUGUCAAUAUGGGCUGCCGAAUCCUCUACUGUUUGGCAUUCUUGGCUUCCUACUUUCGUCAAGUAGCUUGUAAGCGCCAAACGAGCAAUGAUUUUAUCAAUGGCUUAUCGUUUUGGUGCCAAUCUCUACCAGAUCGACUUGUGGUGACUGCAUUUGUAAUCUCGUUGGCAGUGACUUUGACAUCUCAGCAUGUAUUGCUCAAUUCCGAGACGGAUAGUUCAUUGAUGUUUCGACAUAUGGUGCAUGUUGCGGUGGGAGCACUUUGCUUUGCUGGAGUAGUGCUCAUACUCUACGUAAAGGAGUGGUACCUUUUACGUGCUCAAUUGACAGCCCUUUGGGGUCAAGGCAAGUCUCAUGAUGAUUAA